UGUGUUAUCUUACAGGUGGGAACCAGCGUGAACUUGCCCGCCAAAAGAACCUGAAGAAGGCUCAGGAGAUCCACAAAGGGAAAAGGAAGGAAGAUAGCUUGUCUGCUUCUCAGAGAAAACAGAGAGACUCUGAGAUUAUGCAGCAAAAACAAAAAGCAGCUAAUGAAAGGAAGUCUCUGCAGGCAGGUGCACAAUGA